AUGUCCAUUGAAAAUGAAUUCAUCUUGGCCCCGAGCCCCUCCACCGCAAGAGCACAGCCAACACAGCUUGCAUGCGACUCGAAAGGCGAGCGGUUGGCUUAUGCGUCGAACAAAUCCAUCUUCCUCCGAUCCAUCGACAACCCUUCAAUUUCGAGACAAUAUACAGGACACAAGACACCAACAACAGUCGCGCGGUUCUCUCCGUCCGGCUACUACGUUGCCAGCGGCGAUGAGGCAGGCACAGUCAGGGUAUGGGACUGUGUUGGAGAGGGCACUACGAAAGGGGAAUACUUCAUCGUGAGUGGUCGAAUCAACGAUCUAGCGUGGGAUGGGGACUCGCAACGGAUCAUAGCGGUGGGCGAUGGAAGAGAGAAAUAUGGCCGUUGUAUUACUGCAGACAGUGGCAACUCUUGCGGUGAAGUUACAGGUCACACCCGGAGAGUUAAUGCCGUAGCGAUUCGGCAGCAGCGGCCAAUUCGCGCCGCGACUGCUGGAGAUGACAUGCAUGUCAACUUCUAUCAUGGAGUGCCGUUCAGGGUAAACACGCGAGCGAGUGAAAAUCAUGUCAAUUAUGUUUGCGGUCUUGGGUUCAGUCCAGAUGGUGCGAAUCUUGUUAGUGUUGGAUCAGAUCGGCGAAUUUGGCUCUAUGACGGGAAAACGGGGGAGACAAAGACCCAAAUAGGUGCUGGGGAACAUACGGGAAGUAUACUGGGCGUCUCCUGGUCACCGGAUUCUCGCAAGUUUGUCACAGCGAGUGCGGACCAGACGGUGAAGGUUUGGGACGUUGAGCAGGGGAAGGUCGUCCAGAAUUGGAAGAUGGGCGGGGACGUCGCGGUUAGCGUAUCAGAUCAGCAGGUCGGAGUUGUUUGGCCUAAUGGAAGAAGUGAUGGCCUGAUUAUCAGCCUAUCUCUCACUGGUGAUCUUAACUACCUAGUUGAAGGCAAUGAGAAGUUAACUCGCAUCGUCCAAAGCCAGCAAAAGGAGAUUACCGCUUUCGCCAGAUAUGAUGUCGGUGACAAGCAAACUCUCUGGACUGGGGGUAUUGAUGGCAAGGUAUACAACUGGGAUCUGACACAGGGUUCCGCAGAGCGUGUUGAUGGCCAGGGGCAUCCUAAUUAUAUUACUGGCCUAGCAGCUACGAAGGAAGGCAAUGGUCACAUUUACAGUGUCGGGUGGGACGACACAAUUCGCGCCGUCGAUGCAUCUUCCAACACAUACAAUGGAAGCGCCACCAAGCUCGCCAGCCAGCCAAAGAACGUCGUCACCGCAGGAGACAACAUCGUUCUUGUUGCAAAGGAGAACGGUAUUGUGAUUUUUAAAGACGGAUCUAAAGUGGGGGAUUUCGGUCCUUCCAAGUCAACUAUCAAUGGAAUUGCUGCGAACGGCAGCAGUGCCGCAAUCGGAUACGCCGACUCGUCCGUCCAAAUCUGCUCUAUUGCUAAUAACAUCCUCUCCCCUUCGGUGGAAAUAAAAGUUUCGAGAGAUGCCGUCACUAGUCUUGCAUUCUCUCCCAAUAGUUCAAUGCUGGCUGUGGGGGAUUCACGCGGGCGCAUCGUGGUUUAUAGGACCGCAGAUGGUACCAUUGUCACCGACCGGUGGACUUCUCAUACCGCACGGAUCAAUUCUCUCGCGUGGAAUUCUGAAGGCAGUCAUCUGGCCAGCGGAAGUCUCGACACGAGGAUCUUCGUCUGGAGCUUGGCUUGUCCGGGGGAAUGGCUGACUGUGGCCCACGCUCACCAGGAAGGGGUUAAUGGAGUGGUGUGGAUUACUGAUCGCACUAAGAUCGCAUCUGUUGGAGCUGAUGCUGCGCUAAACCACGCCUCCUUCAUCCUUCCUCGAACCGGGCAGCGCCUCAGGGGCCUUCUCAACUUAUCAUCCUACAGAGAAAACGAUGACCAGGAGGAGCGUGAACCGCUGCUUGAACGCCGCGCAGCUCCCCAGUCUCAGACUGAAAGCGUCUGGCACAAAUGCUAUCAAAAAUAUAGAAGCCUCACCCAUACUCUGCACCCAUUUAUCACGUCUGAACUCGGCAAGGGUGUGCUGAAAUGCAGCAUCGCAUAUAUGAUUGGCACCCUUGGGACAUUUCUACCGGCAUUUGCGGAUUUCCUUGGACAGCAAGAUGGAAAACAUAUGGUGGCUACGGUCACCGUUUACUUCCACCCAGCAAGGACGAAGGGUAGCAUGAUAUUGGCGACGAUAUACGCAUUCUUGGCGUUUAUUUAUGCAGCUUUGAUAUCGGUGACUAGCAUGGGGAUUUCGGUGUUUUUUGAGGACAAACUCGACCUCCUCCCGCUUGGCCAUGCGAUCGUUCUCCUUGUUUUCUGCGGUGGAGGCCUGGGCUUUGUGGGAUGGGUGAAGCUACGGCGCGCUGACCCGUUGGUGAAUGUGGCCUGCUCUCUUACAUCUUUGGCUAUUAUUAAUGUUUUGACAAAGGAGGGAGCUGUGCAACAGGGCGACUUAUCCCUAGUUAAAAUCGUCCAGGUUCUGAAAAUGGUCGUGAUGGGAGUUAUAGCCACGACGGCUGUUUGUUUUCUGAUAUUCCCCGUAUCAGCUAGGACUAAGCUUCGAAAGGAUCUGGUUGAGAUGACAGCCUCGCUGGGUACUAUGCUUGCGAUCAUCACUGAGAGCUUCCUGCAAGGCUCCGCGGAACACCUCAAGCAGGACUCGUUUCAAAGUGCUUUAAACAGGAACAAAAAGGCAUAUGUAACGGUCGAGAAGUGGCUCAAAGAGGAAAAAGUUGAACACUACCUUGCCGGAACGGAAAGGGAAUAUCGUCUGGAAAAAAAACUCGUUCGGGCUAUUCAGGAUAUCACUCAGAAUAUCGGAGGCCUUCAGAGCGCCGCUAACCUUCAAUUUGACCUUCUGAGACAAUCACACCAAACUAAUAGGAAUGCCACUCCAAUGUCGGCAGGACCAUCAUCUUAUUUUACCACACAAUUAUGCCAUUCAAUUUUCUCACCACUUCCACGAUCCGCUCACGAAGAAACGAGGAGAGUAUUACCUGGUCUGGAAAGGUUACAAAGCGACGAGCCAACUCCGGGUCAUGAGCAGGACUCGAUUGGGACACAGGCACCCGCAGAUAUUUUUGAGAGAUUCAUUGCUCAUCUUGGGCCUUCCAUGCGAUCGUUGUCAUAUACAGUGACGGAAAUUCUUAGAGAGCUUCCUUACGGCCCCGGUCCGGAGUAUAAAGUUGCCGUUAAUUGCAAAUUUCGGAUCAGUCUUGAUCGAGCUUUGGAUUUAUAUCGCAAUGCGCGAAAUGAUGCACUGAAUCUCGUUUAUUUGCAGAAAGAUUCUGUUAAGACUAAGUCCGUUGAGAUGGAGGCGGACCUGGAAGAGGUUGCGGCAAGCUGUGGUCAUUUCAGUUUCUCACUCCAAGCGUUUACUGAGCAACUCAAAGAAAUUCUGGAGAUAUUAGACGAACUCCAUUUGGAAACGGAAGAGCGUCCCAACGGGAGGUCCUGGGGCUGGCUUAAAUUCUGGCGUCCCACCCCGCCCGACCAUACCAACAAGUGGACUUCUGCCACCAGGUCAGCCACGGAGCGUGGGGAGACAAGUAUCGCUCCUGAACGUUACAGCAUCCCAGAAACUGCCACAUCGCCAGUUGAUCUAGCUGAGCUAUCAAGGAAAGGAAAAGUUAGGUACAAAAUAUGGAGAGCAUUGCGUGUUUUUCGACGAGAUGAUGUAAAAUUCGCUAUCAAAGUUGGUGCCGGAGCGGCCAUUUAUGCACUCCCCUCCUUUAUGCCAUCGACGCGGCCUUUCUAUUCAUAUUGGCGCGGGGAGUGGGGCCUGCUAUCUUACAUGCUUGUUUGCUCCAUGACAAUUGGCGCAUCUAAUACUACUGGAUUUGCUAGAUUUUUUGGGACAACGUUUGGAGCAAUAUGCGCUGUUGUUGCCUGGAAGGUAACUUCUGGGGAAGUGUUUGCCCUGGCAUUUAUCUGCUGGGUUAUGGCAUUCUGCACUGCCCACAUUAUUUUGAUUAAAGACCGCGGUCCCAUGGGUCGUUUCAUCAUGCUCACUUAUAACCUCACCGUUUUAUAUGCCUAUUCUCUCUCACGCGACGGUAUUGACGAUGGCGAAGAUGAGGGAGGAAGAACACCUCCGGUAGUAGAUAUUGCUAUCCAUCGUGUCGUCUCUGUUCUUUCUGGAAUUCUUUGGGGGAUCAUAAUCACGAGAGUGAUAUGGCCUAUCAGCGCACGGACAAAAUUGAAAGGCGGCUUAAGUUUGCUGUGGUUAUGGAUGAGCGUGAUCUGGAAACGAGAACCCCUCACUACGAUGGUAGAUGGAAAUUCAGCCAUUGCAUAUUUCACCCCCAGGGAGAAACUUGAGUUCCAGAGGUUCAUGGUCAGCCUAGAGACUCUUUAUAAUUCUGCACGAUCAGAGUUUGAGUUGCGCGGCCCGUUUCCGGAGGCAAUAUAUAUAUCACUUCUUACUCGAACGCGACGGAUGUUGGAUGCCAUCCAAGCUAUGAACCUGGAGAUCAUGAAAAAUCUGACUGCUUCGGAAGGAGAGGCGGCCAUGUUGUCAUAUACCUUGCCAGAGAGAAUGCAGCUCUCUGCGCGAAUAAGUCAUUUGUUAUCCGUGGUUGCAUCCUCCAUGAAACUCGAAUACCCUCUGAAUGAUGCCCUCCCGGAAAUAGAUCAUGCUCGAGAUAGGCUUCUUGCGAGGUUGCACCGGUUCCGCCAAGAUACCAGUGCAUCUCGAUUGACCACAGAUGAGGACUAUGCUUUACUCUAUGCAUAUGCUCUAGUUACGGGACAGUUAGGAAAUGAAAUUACGGCGAUUAUUGGGGACCUGAGCAAGCUCUUUGGGAUAUUAGAUGAAGAUGUUUUGAAGCUGGAGUAG